UCGCUGGUCGGGGUCAUUAUGGAAGUCUCCCAUCCGAGUCGCCACUGCCAGGUGCUCUCCUCUACCCACACAUUUGGCGGCGUUCAAGGUUUUCUUUGGUCAUUUUAUCCGUGACUCACUUGUUGUUUUGUGUGGAUAAGCUCGAAUUUUCGCGAAGAGGAGAGGCGUCGCAGCGAUCAACAACUCAAGUCGACACCAAGACUCCGCAACAUCUUGACGGCCACUUUGAGAGCUGCUGUCCAGCACCGGCAGAAGCGUGACGACAGACAGUGAACAGCAUUCGCUGUACACCCAAUCAAGCUCUUACCUUACCUCCAGAUAGGUGACGAGUAUCUCGACCGAAAACUCAGACGGUUGACAAGCCACCAGUUAGCACUAGUCCGGUUGUCUGGCGCUCCAUUGGCACUUUGUUCGUCUCCUCGCUUGACGUCAAACAGAACCUCUUUAGAAACAUGGCGGGAUGGAUCCGGUGCGCUGUGUUGGUGACACUGGCGACGUUGGCCUUGGUGGCCGCGGAACAGGAGACGUCGGUGCACAUUAAGGUCUUUAGGGACUCUACGGAGGAAGUCGCGAACGAAGCGACCACGACCACUAGCAAGGACUGCGAGGUGAACGGUGUGACGCUGCGUCAUCGCAGUAUGAAAUACUACGGAGAGGACUCCUACGUUGCCUGCUCGAACGGGAAGGCCGGCUGCUACCUCAUCGAACGCGUGCACGACAAGGCCACGCAGGUGGCGUGCCCUACCGAAAAUUUGCAACAGCGCAUCGACGAGGAGACCGCGUAUCGCGAGCACGAGGCGAAUGCCAAGCAGAACGGCGAGGAAGAUGAGACGGAGGACGGCCACCGUCGUCUCUCGCUGGUUGUGGUGUCCACGACCCGCAUCUGGGACGACGGUGUGGUCUGCUUCCAGCUGAACGACGACUAUCCGUUCAACUCGACCCAAAAAGACUACAUCUACCAGGCCAUGAGCAAGGUGGAGGAGAGCACCAACGUGCGGUUCGUCAGCACGGCCACGUGCGAGAAGGAGAAGCUGUCGUCCUGCGACUCGUGCGCUAACUGGGUGGACUUCAAGCACCCGUCCAGCGGCCGAGACUGCAACUCCAGCAUCGGCAUCACGGACGAAGGAGCGCAAGUUAUGAACCUCGCCGACCGCUGCUUCGAGGUGGACGACGACCUCAAGACCGUCUACGGCUCGGCCAUGCACGAGAUCUGUCACUCGCUGGGAAUGUACCACGAGCACCAGCACCCGAAGCGCACGAUCGGCGUCUUCUGGGACGAUAUCGACCAGAGCAUUUGGUCCGAGAUGAGUAUCCGUGACCUGAGCGUUGGCGGUCCCUACGAUCUCGGCAGUGUCAUGCAUUACCCGAUGUCCUACGGCUUCUGUCAACCCAAUUAUUGUAGCGACACAGUCACGAAGAAUUGCGUAAAGGAGGGGACAAAGUUCUGUAACCUGAACGACGACGACAACUGCACCGAUAUCACUAAGGCCUUGUGCAAUGAGACGGCCACGGAGGCUAUCGGACAGCGGAAGUAUCUGAGUGAGGGCGACUUGGCAGCUAUUAACGAGUUGUACCAGUCCGCAGCCUGGCCCUUAUCCGAGUCCAAGAUUGGCGGCGAGAAACAAGAACAAAUUGAUGUUUAGUGUCUACUAGAACAGCGUUUGAGUCGUGCGUCUGCUUGUAACCUCGAGAGAUCACGAGGAAGUAAGUUGAAUACUAGUGCAAGUGUUGAUGUUGGCUAUCA